UUCGCCUCCAACCCUCCCGUUCGGUUCUCGACUUGUCACUGAAACCGAUCCCAACACUACGACUUCCCCCCUCAGUCCUUCCGAACCUUUCCUUUAGUUUACGCUCAAGAUGCCUCACGCGACGCAGCCUACGGCCCCCGAGGUCGAGGAGGAUGCCGACUUUGAUAAUGUGAUGCGACAAAUGAACGGCCCGAUGGCCGAAACGGGCGUAUCGUUUGAUUUCUUGUCGAGAGAUCUGGAACCCGGCGAAAAGGCAGACGAUGCGGUAGAUUACGAAGAUAUGUCUGAUGACGACCUCCCGGAAGAAGAAGAAAGAGCAAAUAAUAUGCUACCGACCGAAAAUGGGACAGGACACAUGGAAGACGCGGAUGAAAAAGGCUUGUUCGAGGCGGAGGAAGAUGAUCUUUUUGGAGGUGGCGAGGAAAACCAACAACCUCCAGGAGACAAUCUCGAUGACCUUUUCGGUGAUGGACCUUCAUCGCCCGGGCCAGAUCAGAUGGAUGCUACAAGGGAUCUGUUCUUUGAGGAAGAAGAGGAACAGCCCCCCGCGCCAGCUCCGGAGCCCGUCGAAACCCUCGUUCCCGAACCCAAACCGGAGCCGGUAGCAAAGGAGGAGGAAGAGGAGCCUAUGGAGGAGGACGAAGAGAUUGUACCUCCUGUUGAAGAUAUGGACCCAGCAUCCCUCCGGGCAUGGAAACUUCAGCAAGCCCUGUUUGCCAUGUCUGCCGUGGGCCCCGACAACCCACCAGCACCACCGGAAAAUGUCGAGGAGCUUCUGCACUCUCUAUUCCCAGGAUUUGACCGAAAAGCUCUACCUCGCUUCCUUGAGCUCAUCCCCCACAAGAAGGCUCUUUUUGUCGGUAAACAGCCUGUGAAACCACCAAAGCCCGUUCUCCCGACAAAAGUCAAUGUUGAGCUUGCCCAAGACCAGGAAAGAGCUUUUAAGGCGGCAGGCCAGGUUCACAAACGCUCGCAUGAUGCAGAUCACCUGGGUAUUGUACCUAUCCUCGAGGCUCCCAAGGAGGAGGAGAAAGAAGAGGAUAUCAGGGAAGAUUUUGAGCAUGACACCGACACCGAUGAAGUACUGCCAGGGGGAGUAACUCUUCAGGAUCUUCGAGUUAUCUGUACAGACUGGGAUGUUAAGAGCGAAGUUUCUGCAAUGGAUAUUGAUGAACCUCCGGUCAAGGAGACCGCCGACCCCAUGGACGAAGAUGAUGACUGGCUUAUGGAAACGACUCGCCCGUUGAAAAAGCGCAAAGUUGGAGCAGAUCCGAUGGACGUCAUUGCUCUUUCGCACAUCGAUUUUCCGUUGCUCGAUGACCCUGAACAAGCAACCUCUCGUAUUGCUCAAAAGGUCACAGUUGAUAUGAACGACCCCUACAUCCUGCUCGACGAGCGUGGUCCAGAGGCCGCAGCACAGAAACCCAAGUCCUUGGGAUCUAUCAAUAGGGAUGAGAUGGAUGCCAACGUCACUCGACGUUUCAACCAGCGUUACAACAUUUCGAAUGAUUCUGCAUAUGACAUGCUCAAGCAGAAUCACCAGAACAAGGUUCGGAGCACACUUGGUAACGUCACUUUGGAGCACAGUAUGCCAGCCUUGCGGCUUCAGUGGCCAUACUACAAGACAGAACUUGCAAAGGCAGAGGCACGGUCAUUUCACCGUCCGGCACUGUCUUUCCGUCCAGGCCAGACCUGCUGGUUCAAGAACCCUGCUUAUGUCAAGCGUAAACACCAAAAGGGCAAAGAUAUCAAAACACUCUACGAUUCUACUAAAGCAAUGUCCAUGGCCGAUAACUCGAAUGUCCUAUUGGUUGAAUAUUCGGAAGAAGUGCCUCUUAUGCUGUCGAACUUCGGAAUGUCUAACCGUUUCAUCAAUUAUUAUCGGCGAAAAAGUAUGGAAGAUUCCACUCGCCCGAAGGCAGAAAUUGGUGAAACAACUGUUCUCCUUCCUCAAGACAAGAGUCCGUUCUCUAUUUUUGGGCACGUGGAUCCCGGGGAAAUCACUCCGGCCAUCUCAAAUUCAAUGUACCGAGCUCCUCUAUUCCAGCACCAAGCGAAAUCGAACGAUUUCUUGAUCGUUCGCAGUACAACUGGCUCAGGUGGCAGCGACUAUUACUUUAGGAAUAUCGAAAACUUGUUUGUUGCUGGACAACAACUUCCCUCUGUGGAUGUUCCCGGUCCUCAUUCGCGGAAGGUCACAACCGUUGCUAAGAACCGCAUGAAGAUGCUUGUGUAUCGUUUGCUAAAGAAGAGUCCCGAUCUGAGGCUUUCGAUAAGCGAUGUUACCGCCCACAUUCCUGGCACUAGCGAUAUGCAAAAUCGUCAAAAAGUCAAAGACUUCCUUCAGCAUGACAAAGAUUCGAAGUACUGGGUGCCUCUCGACCCAGUCCCAGAUCCAGACACUAUCCGAAGUUGGGUCCACCCCGAAGACGUUUGUCUUCUUGAGUCCAUGCAAGUCGGUCAACAACACUUGCAUGACACCGGUUUUGGGAACGAUGCUGAGACUGGAGGCGACGAUGACGACGAUGGAGAAGGCGAGAGUUUCGAGCAGCAGAUGGCUCCCUGGAAGGCCACUCGCAGUUUCUUGCUGGCAUCUCAGGGUAAAGCAAUGCUGAAGUUGCAUGGAGAGGGUGAUCCUACCGGCCGAGGUGAAGGUUUCAGUUUCAUUAAAACCUCGAUGAAAGGAGGUUUCAAGGCUGUUGGUGAAAGUGUCGAAGAUAAACUUGAUGCACAGAGGCUCAAAGAGCUUGGAGGCCAUAGUUACAAUGUUGCCAGACAGCAAAAGUCGUACGAAACCUCUAUCAGACGCAUCUGGGAUACUCAGAAGGCCAGCUUGUCUUCCACUGUGGAGCACUCCGACGCCGAAAGUGACAUCGACAACGAGGAAGAUGUUGGGUUUGAUAAACCUACUCCGAGAUCUGAAGCCCCUACUCCCGCUCCUGGUCGCCGCGAUGACGAGACAACGAGUCAGUUUAGCAAGAUGAGCAUGUCGGACCAGAAGGGUAAGGUGCUCCGUAUUGUCCGGAAUUAUAGAGACGAAAAGGGAGACAUCGUCCCCAAAGAAACUCUUGUCUGGGACCCUCGUGUCAUUCGCCACUACAUCCAACAUCGCCACCGGCUGGAAGCCCUCACUACUAAACUUGAGUCAUUGCAGCCUACAGGUGAUCCAGAGAUAGACUCUCGUAACAAGAAACUUCUCGAAGCCGAGUUGAGUCGUCUCAACCGCAACAAAGAACGUCGUUUCGCCCGCGAGAAACAGAAGGGAGCAGCCAGAGCGUCGACGGGGGAUUCCCCGGCAGAAGGCGGCUCUGGUGGUACUGGCAAAACCGCUGGCACGCAGCGCAAGUGCGCAAACUGCAACCAAGUUGGCCAUAUCAAAACAAACAAAAAACUCUGUCCCUUACUCAACGGCACCAUGAAACAAGAAGAUCGUGUCAGCGAUUCUGCCUUCGCAAUGGGCGCUCCUCCCGCCGUUUAAGCCCGUCUCAUCUGUUCCUCUUCCAUGAUACCCCAGAUAAUUUCCUUUUCUUUCGCCAUCUCAUCACGUCACCUUGAUCUUUCCCGCGGAUCACAUCCCUCUCCACCUCCUCCUCUCUUCUUUCUAGUCUACGACUCAUCAUGAAUAUUAAUUUUUGUCAAUCAAAAUCUUUCAAUCAUACCCCCCGAGCAUGGUCUUUUCUUGGUGGACACUUGCUGGGAAAUUUGUGGAGCUAUCGGUGUUUACAUGAGUGUUUUGCAUUCUUUCAGAAUUCGGUUUACUUUUGACAGACUUCUCCAUCAAACGUGUUCCAUUCUAGAGUUCUUUCCAUUCCGAAAUCUCAGAUGGUAGAAGAGACAAUUACAAUUGACCUUUGAAUCGGUCGAAAAUAUUUCAACAUCUACGCAUCUACGCAUCUACGGA